GCACUGUCUCGACGGGACGACUAUACUUGUGCCCCUGGAAGUCACGGUAACUGCGGAUAUGGACCUGUGUAUUGUGGUACAGGCUGCUCGAGCCAUUGUGACGCAACUGCGGAGUGCGGCCAGUUCUCCAAGCCGCCUGGUGGUGGAGGUGGAAAAUUACUCGAUCGAGUGAUUGGAUACUGGGAAGCCUGGAACGCCAGAUCUGAUUGUCAUAACACACAAGCUACGGAUCUUCCUCUCGAAGCUCUCACGCACGUCAACUAUGCCUUCGCCUACAUCGACCCGAAAACUUUCGAAAUCACCACUAUGGACGCCCAAACGCCAACAAGUACGUUUCAGGAUGCCGUCUCGCUGAAGGACUUGAAGCCAAAUCUCAAGAUCUUCGUCAGCAUUGGCGGUUGGACCUUCUCAGACAACGGCACAACUACGCAGUCUGUGUUCGGGAAUAUCGCCCGGAACGCAAGUAACCGACAAAAGUUUGCAGAUAACUUGUUGAAAUUCAUGAAUGGAUACGGUUACGAUGGCGUUGAUCUUGACUGGGAAUAUCCCGGAGCACCCGACCGUGGUGGCAAAGAAGAUGAUACUCAAAAUUACAUCGAACUCCUCAAGACAUUGCGGUCGUCUUUUGACAAAUCCGGACGAGAACUGGAAAUCAGCUUUACUGCGCCAUCGUCAUUUUGGUACCUUCGUUGGUUCGACCUGCCCGGCAUGAUGAAGUACGCUGACUGGGUUAAUCUGAUGAGUUAUGACCUCCAUGGUAUCUGGGAUAGUAGUAAUCCCAUCGGGUCAGUCGUCCAGGCACAUACAAAUCUCACUGAGAUCAAGCUGGCUGUCGAGCUUUUUUGGCGUGUUCAUAUUCCUCCGUCGAAGAUUGCCUUGGGCUUUGGGUUCUAUGGUAGAUCAUUCACACUUGCCGACCCGAGCUGUACCGAGCCUGGCUGCCUCUUCAGCGGUGGCGCAAAGAAAGGUGUAUGUACUGGAACCAGCGGAUACCUCGCAUACUACGAAAUUCAGGACAUUUUGAACAAGAACAAGAAACGAGCCUUAUCGGUCGUCCACGACAAAGAAGCAGCUGUCAAGUAUUUCUCGUGGGAUGACAAUCAGUGGAUCUCGUACGACGACGCAGAAUCUUUUAAACAGAAGAAAGACUGGGCCAACGACAUUGGGUUCUCGGGGUCUUUAAUCUGGGCGUCCGAUCUGGACGACUACGACAACACAGCUCACAAAGCUUUCACCGGCAACAGCAAGAUCGGGUCGAGAAACAGUCUUGACAAAGUCAACCACCAGCAGGAGUACACGGAGACUGCCAACUCCUUUCUCGGCCAAGGAUGCAAAUUCAACGAGACCGUCAUCAACGACGUUAAGAGCUACGACUGCGGCACGGACAUGGAACUCGUGAGCUAUGAUACGCAUGGUUGCAAAGGGGACAAGGACUGGCAAUGUGGAUGGCCUAUGUGCUGUCCUACUUCGGCACGCAUGAAGGACAAGUGUACCUGGCGUGGAGGCGGUGGGGGCUCCGGUGGGGGAGACUGCAACGGACAGUGCCAUGCUAAUGAGGUGAAAAUUGGCGGCUCAUCCUGGGGUGGCUCGCCAGGGGAGUCAGGUACUGGUAGAUGCAGCCGAGGAGGCAAGGCCCUUUGUUGCACUGUCGAACUCGAAGCCGUUACGAGCGGCUGCUACUGGACAACAGGAUGCGAUAACAAGGCGUGUCAGUCUGACGAGGACAGUGUUGCCCACGCCUUCAAUAUCAACGAUGAUCUGGUGUCACGAGCGUCCGAUGUGGGACAAAACUACUGCUGCAAGAAGAGCAAAAAGGCCUUCGACACGUGUAACUGGAUUGGCAAGGGUGAUUGUGCCCAGAACACCUGUGACCGAGGAGAGGUCACGUUGACGACUGAUUAUUAUGGGGACAGUGACAUCUCCUGUAACUGGUGGCGUAAGAAAGCACUCUGUUGCACAGCCAACCAGGACGCUCUGAAUGACCCUAUAUGCGACGCAGAUCUCUGCGAUGGCAACGAGGAUCAAUGCGAUGACCCCGAAUCGGACGACACAUCUCUCAGGAAGCGGUCCUUGUUCGGUAGUGCGCCAUUGGGCUCAUAUCUCCUAGAAAAGCGUGCAGUAAGGCCGGGCGCAGCUAAGAACCGCCUCCUUGAUCUCUCAAGAUAUGCUGCCGGUCUAGCAGUCCAACCUUUGAGUCUCACGAGCGCCCCAUAUCCGUCGGGGUUUGGAAAACUUUUCCAGGGCGGCGGUCUGAGUACGCUGCCGAUCAAAGGUGGCUACAUGAUGAAAGACGCCAUCUGCAAGAGCCUGGGCGUAAGUUUGGUAGUAGUAGGCAAUAUCCCAAAAUCUACUGUUUCAUACACUGGGAAAUCGGCUCGUUGGAACACAGAGCAUUGGAGAGAGAUCAACAGCCUCGACAAGCUGCUCAUAACGGCCGCGUCAGGCAUUCUACUGUCGAGCAAGAAGAUGUUAACAACACCAAUGAAGGUGGAAGAUAUCAUCAGCGCGUGGAAUGCGGUUUACCCCGCGGGCGCCACCCUACACCAACUAGGCAAUGCCUUUGUCACCGGGGUGGAAGGCUACGGCGACAAGCUCGACGAAUGGGGCAACGACUGGAACACUCUCCGCACGCCGAACAUGGUUUUCCAUACUAUUCUUGGGGCUCAUUCCUACCGCUAUGGCCUCUCCUACCUCCCCGCUGACAUGAACAUCAUGAAGAAGUUGAUGCUGCUGGGCCAAAAUCCUAUCGGCAUUGACCCCUUCACCAAGGCGCUGGAAGCUGCGGCUGGGACCGAUACGAAAAAAGCAGUGCAAGCUGUCAGCUUUCUGCUCACUGGACUUCAAAAGACUUUCGGCACAGUUAAUUACUACAAUGACGCCUACCUAGCCCACUACUUUGACAAGGCCAACUCGGACUUAUACGCCGCAGCGAAGAACAUGGCUACGUAUUACAAGGGCUGGGAAAAUUUCCCGGCUAUCCUCAAGGAGUUCGACGCCGACCAACUUGAGUACGCCAGCACCAAGGCGCAGGCCUUUAUGACCGCUCGCGCUGGGAUGAUUCUCAACACGUUCCAGGACACCGACCCGGCUAAGGCCGCUGAACAUGUUGCGCAACUAAUCACUACAACCACACUGUAUGCGAAGUCCAUUAACAAGUUGAAAUUC